AUGACCAUAGAAGAUGCCAAACCCAAAUUAAUCUACUACAAAACGAUCUUUGAACAAGUCCAAAGAAAACGUCUGAGCUUUGUGAACAGAAUUGUUGUUUUGUUGACCUUUUUCUCGUCACUUUUCAUUGGCAUUUUUGCAGGUUCAUCACUUUGGUUUUGGCCUUUGAAAUGGUUAUUGCUGGGUGUUUCUUUGAUCCUGGUCAGGCAUUGCAAGGAGUCAACUCAAACGUUGGAAAAUCCUGGUUUCAAAACCUUUUUCAGACAAAUUCUGGGCCAGAUAUUUUGUGCAGAUUUUGUCUCCCAUCUUUUGGCAUAUGGAAUAUCAGGUUUCACUUACUGGGUUAUCUUAUUCUCACAGAAGAGUGACGAUCUUACGUAUUAUAUUAUCACUCCCACAAGGACAGUGCUACCUUAUAUCAACGACCAGUUUGUGUACUUUUGGUUCUUUUUUGGCACUUUGGUGCUAUGGCAAUCAAUUCAACAGGCAGUAUUCUUGCGAAACAAACUAAACUUUCAAAUUGGUGUGUACCGCAUUGAGCCACGUUCAGAAUUCAAUUUGAUCAACUUCACCACUGUCUUGAGUGGAUCAUUGACCUCUUCGGUUUUGGUCUCUCUUUCAACACCAAUUCUAUACGUUUUGUCAAGAUCUUCAGUUUACAACGUAUUGUUAUAUCCUUUCUAUUGGGUUCUUGGGCUGAAUCACAACAGGCCACAUUUGAACAUCGGAUUUGGGUUAUUCUGUUCCUUGUUUUACCAUUCUCUCCUGUUGACUUUACAGUGGGAGUUCGUGAACCUGGUGUAUGACAUUUAUGUCAGAAUAGGGUGCAUAGAUAAAGAUAAGGCACUUUCUCUGCAGUCAGCAGACCCAGUCAAUACACUUCUCAGUGGCCUCAAGGAUGUCAAUCAUCCAUUCGUACAGUUUACUGCUUUCCAGGAACUGGCCUACAUUGCAACUUCAUCUAAACCAGAAGAUCGAAAACUGUUUUAUUCUGUCCAUUCUAAGAACUCCUACGUUUGGAACACAAUAUUGGAAGAAUGCACUUCAUAUAUCAACGAAAAUAUCAAACACAUCGAGCGACGCAUGGUCGAAUUUGACGAUAUUACUAAAUUUCUUCAGCCUCGGCCUGCUGAAAUCAGUGGUGGCCUAAGAAGAUCAGAACUAGCAGUUCCCCCAACUAUUUUUGGCAACUCUAAACACCAGGCAUCUUCAGAGGGUACUCCAGAGUAUGAUUCUGCAAAUGAGAUAUUUGCAACCCCUACGUCUCCUGGAAAGUUGUCGUCACAGUUCUACUCACUUGCCCAUGACUACAAUAAUAUCGAUAAUAUUCAUUUGGUUGUCCAACCAAUCCAAAAGGUCUUACUUGGUUAUUACCAGCUGCUAAUCCAAUCAAGCAUCGGGGUGCCCUUCCGCAAAACUCUCAGUAGAGAGGCUGCCAGUCGUGUCAAAAACCCCGUUUUGUUGGGGAACAUCAUUAUAGCAUUUUCCACUUUCCUCCUGCACUCUCAAACGGAAGAUAAGGUUGGAGUAGUCAAAGGGUCUUUGGCCCAGGCGCUAGAGAUAUUGGCAAAGCUGAUAUCUGCCACAGGAAAUUUCACAGAUCAUCCUCCUCUGCCUCCUACAAUGUUAGAAACUGAACAACCAAAAACUCAUAUCAUUGCUAUAAUACACGAUCUAUCCAUGAAACAAUUUUUUGAACUGGCUGUGAAGUUCAAUCACGUCUUGAACGAUUUGAUUUUGUCACCAACAGUCUUCAAACUUGCUAAAUGGUCUAUUGAUACGGCCAUUGAAGAGCAAAAGAAACAGGAAACUCUACAAAAAAAGCAAACAUUGAAAGCCACUGGUGUAUCCAUUCUGCAUUGA